AAGACCCACCCACUCACGAUUAUACCCCCAUGCGACCUUCAGUUGAGUUUUUACAGCCGAAAUAUACUCGAUCUUUUUCUCCGUUCUUUCCAACUUUAUGCACAGAAAUCCAUACUGAAGAAAUUUUCCAUCAUCUCGUUAUGGGUUGCGAGAGUUUAUGCAGCAUCCUAGGAGCUCCAUUGGGUUUUGCCUGUUUCCUUUAUUUUGUGUGGUCUCAAAGAAGCAGAAAGAACAUUGUAGGAAAAACUGUCCUCAUCACAGGUGCAAGCUCAGGCCUUGGAGAAGCAUGUGCCAAAGAAUUCCACAAAGCAGGCUGCAGGGUGGUACUGGUGGGCAGAAACCAAACACAACUGAACAGGGUCAAAGUUCAACUGCUGCGACUUAAGAAGCCUGCAGAAAAAAUGGAACCCGAGAUAUUUCUAAUGGAUCUGGAAAACAUUAGCAGUGUGCCAGAUCAGGUAGACAGUAUGGUCAAACAAGUAGGACCGAUUCACAUCUUGAUCAAUAAUGCUGGAGUGAGUUCCCGUGGCCAGGUUGAAGACACUACCGUUGAUGCUUUUACCAAGGUCAUGACUAUCAACUUUUUUGGUCAGGUGGCCCUCACUAAAGCAAUUCUGCCUUAUAUGAGAUCAGCUGGAGAGGGUUCUAUUGUCGGAAUCAGCAGCAUUCAGGGUAGAAUCGCCAUCCCCUACAGAUCUUCUUAUGCAGCUUCAAAGCAUGCUUUCCAUGCAUUCCAUGACAGUCUGAAGGCUGAGGUGGCUGAUAGUAACAUUGAUGUGUGUGUGGUGUGCCCAAGCUAUAUCAAGACCAAUCUCUCAAAGAAUGCUGUAACUGGGGAUGGAUCUCCAUAUGGCCUUGUGGAAAAAGAAAUAGCCAAUGGGAUGGAGCCAGAGUAUGUAGCAAGACAGAUAUUUCUGUCUGUGAUUGAACAACGAGAUGAAGUUGUGUUGGGGCCUUUACACCAUAGACUUGCCAUUGUGCUGAGAACAUUAUCUCCUUAUAUAUACUUUAUCAUAAUGAAACAUCGUGCCAAUUCCAGUAGGAAACAAUAUUUAAAAAAUAAUUGAUGGCACUUUUGAUAUAUAUGUACAUAUACGUAUACCUGAGAAUUUGUGAAAUAAACGUGCAGUGUGACUUGUGUCAAUCGACAUUAUCACAUUUAAGAGACAGAGCGUCAAAUACUCAUAAUUAACACCUGAUGGAAGUUAUUAUAGAGAAGUGACUUCACAAGUAAACAUACUGACUAUGUAUACAUGUUACUGUAUGAUAUACUACACAUGACAAUGUACAAUAGGUGAAUUUCAGUAUUUAAUUUUAAAUCCUGUACAACAAUAUGUAAAGUAGGGUCUACAAUGGACAUGUACAAUAACAAAUAAACCCACUUCAUAUGUAUGAUACUGUUUACCAUUUUACAGAACAAGAAUACCAACAUAAUGUUUGUAACAAUUUAACAGGUGAUUUAAUCAUUACUUGGUAAAUGAUAAUGUACUAGAUCAACUAUGCCUAUUUGUUUCUUUCUUUUUAAAAAUAAAAUACUGUGUUAAUGUA